CCAUCCUCUGUUGGCUGUGUUUAUUUCUGCGUAAGUCCAAGUCAGCCCACUUCCAAGCAAAACCCUUGCCAUUUUCUCUUCACUCUCACCGCGAGAAACAGCUCGUGUCUCAGGCUUCUUCUCACCCUCGUAAAACGGCAUUUCUCCCCUAACAAAACGACAGCCCCACCCCCAUUUUCUCUAUCCCCUCUAAGGCAUGCUACUCUCUCUCUUUUUCGGUCUCCUCGCUCAGCUUUUCCAUCUCUCUAUCACAUCCAUUAGAUAAACCCGUUGACUUUUUUUCCUUCCUCCUUUGAUUUUUAGAGACUCUAAAAAAGAUUUUUUUUAUUUUAUUUUUUAAGCGGUGCAAAAUAGUAUCAGAUAAUGGACCAAGCGGUUCUCGAUGAUAUUAUCAGGCGUCUUUUAGAGGUGAGGGGCAAGCCCGGCAAGCAGGUUCAGUUGUCGGAGGCCGAGAUCCGGCAGCUUUGUGUCGUUUCUAGAGAGAUUUUCGUGCAACAGCCUAAUUUGUUGGAGCUUGAAGCACCCAUCAAGAUUUGUGGUGACAUCCAUGGUCAAUAUUCUGAUCUUCUAAGGCUGUUUGAAUAUGGUGGAUUACCACCGAAUGCAAACUACUUGUUUUUGGGGGAUUAUGUUGAUCGAGGCAAGCAAAGUCUGGAGACAAUAUGUCUUCUCCUUGCAUACAAGAUAAAAUAUCCUGAGAACUUCUUCCUCUUGAGGGGAAACCAUGAAUGUGCUUCUAUAAACCGCAUAUAUGGUUUUUAUGAUGAGUGUAAGAGAAGAUUUAAUGUUAGGUUAUGGAGGAUAUUCACAGAAUGUUUUAAUUGCUUGCCAGUGGCAGCUCUAAUUGAUGAGAAGAUUCUCUGCAUGCAUGGAGGUCUUUCUCCUGACCUGCAUAAUUUGGAUGAGAUUAGAAACUUGCAACGCCCCACUGAUGUACCAGACACAGGUUUGCUUUGUGAUCUUCUCUGGUCAGAUCCCAGUAAAGAUGUUCAAGGUUGGGGAAUGAAUGACAGGGGAGUUUCAUAUACCUUUGGUCCUGACAGAGUGACAGAGUUUCUCGAGAAGCAUGAUUUGGAUCUCAUUUGUCGUGCUCACCAGGUUGUGGAGGAUGGAUAUGAGUUCUUUGCCAACAGGCAACUUGUAACUAUAUUUUCAGCGCCUAAUUAUUGUGGGGAAUUUGAUAAUGCUGGUGCCAUGAUGAGUGUGGAUGAGACUCUAAUGUGCUCUUUCCAAAUAUUAAAGCCUGCUGAUAAAAAGUCAAAAUUUAACUUUGGGAGCACUGCCACAACAAAGCCUGGAAACACUUCUGGCGUUGGUGUUUUUGGGAGUACAACUACAGCCAAGCCUGGAAACUCACCAGCAGGAGUAAAGUCAUUCCUGGGUGCAAAAGUAUGACAAGUAGACUUCUGGUUAGAGUCCAAGCAUAGUUGGGUCAUGAGCACACCAAGAUUGUUAUGACAGGAAAUUUGAGGUCCAUUUUAGUUUCAAUAUAAUUUGCUGAAAUUGUAUAAAAUGGAAGAGAGAAAAAUAGAAAACUAAUGCGAAAGACUAUUUUCCCGUUUUAUAAAGUUGGGUAUGAAGAUAGAAGGCUGUUCUCCUUCUCUUCCUGGUUGUACACUAAUAGCUGCUAGACUUGCUGCUAUGAAUUAUUUCCAUGUUGCCCUUAAUUUUUAAAUGUUUAGCUCAUCUCUGAGAUGAUGAAGAAUGCCAAAACAUUUUACUC